ACCUACAAGAAAGACUCUUUCUUCUCUCAUUGCUCUCUCUCUUUUUUUAUUACCACCACCUAUAUUUAUAUACAUACAAAGAUAGAGAUAGUGAAAGGUGCAGAAACAACAACAGAGAGUUUCAAAUACGUUUUAAGAUGAAGAUGAUGAUGUAAAGAGCUUUUUGAAUCACUAAAAUGGCUGUCCAAGCUCAACACCAUUCCUCUAAUCUCAUCUUCCUUAACAAAAGAAACGGGAAAGACAAGGAACAAGAUUUUUCGUUGCAGUCACAGACUCUUGAUCAAACCAAUAUGUUAUUCAACAAUGGAGGUUGUAAUCAGAGGAAGAGAGGAAGAGAAAUGAACAAUCAUCAAGUGUUGUUGUCACCUCAUCAUCAUCAGUUCCCACAAGUUUUAGACUUAUCUUUAUUACAACACAACUAUGAUCAUCAGCCGUUGGAUAUGGUUCAGACAGGACUACGGUUGUCUUCCGGCGACGAUCAGACACAAAAGAUUAGUACUCAGCGUCAGAAUCUUGUCUCCGGUUCGUUUGAAGAUGUUUUUUCGUCACAUAUCAAUAGGCAAAGCGAAGAGCUUGAUGGGUUGCUUCGUGUCCAGGCGGAGGAGCUACGGCGUACAUUAGUGGAGAGGAGGAACAAGCACUAUAAAGCGCUGAUCGGUGCUGUGGAGGAGCCGUUAGUACGUAAGCUGAGAGAGAAAGAGGCAGAGAUAGAGAGAGCCACGCGCCGUCACGAUGAGCUGGUGGCGCGUGAAUCGCAGCUGAGAAAUGAUGCUCAAGCUUGGCAAGGCAUAGCCAAAUCGCAGGAAGCCACCGCCGCGUCGCUGCAGGCUCAGCUUCACCAAGCCGUUAACAAAUGCGGUGGUCUAUCGGCGCAAGAUAGCAGAGCGGCGGAGGAAGGACUAUUAUGCGCAGGAGCGGGAAUCAGCGGAUUGGAGGACGCCGAGUCGGCGUACAUUGAUCCGGAGAGGAUGACAAGGCCGAGCUGCAAAGCUUGCCGGAAAAGAGAAGCGACGGUGGUGAUGUUGCCGUGUCGACAUCUAAGCAUCUGCCCGGGAUGUGACCGGACAGCACUUGCCUGCCCGUUGUGUCUGACGUUGCGAAAUUCAAGUGUUGAAGCGAUCCUUUGCUAAAUUGGCCUUAAUUUAGGCCAAUUAGGUUGUGUCAUGGUACAUGCAACGUUUUUGGAAAAACAACAAAUGCAAAACCAAAUUGGUAACAUGAAUAUACAUUUUGAUAUGAAACGUUGUACAUAACUACAUAUUGUAUGGUAAGCUAAACUUCAUGGGUUA